AUGUUUAUGUCUCGAAGCAAGGACGAACCUGUCGAAAACGUUUUUGUUGUUUUGAGACGUUACGGUUUUGACAGGGGCCUAAUUUACAAUGUUUUUUCCCAUGGGACAGAAGAUUUUCAAAAGAGACCUUACAAAACUCGGUAUGUGCACAGUGAAGCUGAAAUUUCUGACUUUGAGCCUCCUGAAUUACCUAGUCCAGGUACAUCUUUCAAGCAGGCAGCUUUAAAAUCAAUGAACACUGCAACAAAAACGAACCACUAUAAAAGCUUUUUGUUGAGACAACCUGGACAUCACGACAAAAAUUUUAAUUAUCUUCUCAAACUUUACAAACCUCGUCAUAAAAGAAGAUGUAGAACAAGACAUUUAUUUCCGUCAGCUGGCAGAUAUGGAGAGUAUGAAAUGAGGAGAGUUUUGAGUAAUAGAAGUUUAACUGAAUCUGAAAGUGAAAUUGAAAAUAUGUCAUUUAUAAGUGAUGAUCAGAAUGAUUAUGAUUCGUUCCACGGAUCAACCAAUUCUUUGGAUCGGUCAGCAGCCAAAAUUGAAAACCCAAUUUACAAAAGUUUAAUGAAAUACAAAAAGUUAAAAAUGAUGGGAAGAGAUCCAAAUAAAUUGAACAGCAAUCCAUUCAACUUUCCAGAGCCACGCAUAUUUAGUUUGGAGAAAUAUGAUGAUAUUGCAAAAAUUUGGUUGGAGCAAGUUGAUAAAAAAACAGUUAAAAAAUCUGAUACAAUGUAUUUAUCAGUUCUACCGGACGGAAAAGAUUUACCGAUUUCAUUGCGUCCGAGCAAGAGCUACACACCCGAAAGUGAUUUCAGCUACAACAUAAGACCGCAAUGGGUCAUGGCAAGAAGCAGAAUCAAUAUAAAGAAACAACUGUUUGACCAAUUUUCUGAAUCUGCGUUCGAUCAUAAUGUUAGUACAAAUUUUGGCAAGCAUCUAGUGCUGUUCUUUAAAGUUGGUUACAAUUGGUUGGAACUCGCUUGGAUUUUAUUUGGUGAUUUGUUGAAAGAGUCACAAAUUGUCCGACUAAUAAAAGAUGUUCAACUAAAACACCCUAAUAACUUAACUAGCCAGGCUUUUUAUCCAAACUCAAAAUGCGCGUCAAUACUCUACUCUGGCCAUUCAGUUAAGCAGGAACGACACAAAACAAGGUCACUGCAAUUGAUUUGGUUAAACGUUACUGAUUUAAUGCAAAGAUGGUGGCAUACGAAAGGGGACGGAGCAACUAUUCAAGAACUGCAAAAAGCCUUAGAUUUAUUACAGAUAUUCUACAUAGAAGAAGAAUUAAACGACAAUGAACAACCAGAAAAUUCACAUUUCAAAGUGACUGAAGACAUUUUAGACGUUGGCGUGGUUACGACAAAAAAUCCAAAUGUCAGUCGUAUGUCAGAAGAGUAUAAUACGAAAUCUCUAAACAAUAGUUUUAUUAACUCAUCUAGAGAAACUAAAUUCGUUGAUGAUCUAUCGCCUGAAAAAGUUUUGAAAAAAAAUCAAUUUAACUCUAAUGGCAUGAACGAACUUUUAACCUCCGUAAAUAAACUUUCAAGAAGGAACCCCCAUGAUGAAUCAUCAGAUGCAUCAAAUGUCGUGGCAUUUGGCAAGGAGGAAAAUAAAAAGGAUACGCUUGACGUUUCCUCCACUCUUACAAAGAAGACCACGUUGAAAGACAGAAAAAAAUCGCCUGUUGGUAUUUACAUUAAUUUGAAAAUUUUAACUAAAUUGUAA